GGUUUCAGGUGUUUUGCUGCCUCCUUGUUUGCUACAAAUAUGGAUCAAGGUCUAUCAACCACAGAAGAUUACUGGGACUAUGAUUAUGAAACUUACAGCUUGUCCCCUGGCAUGAGCGAGAGUCAUGCAGCCCCAUGCUUACAGGAGGAGAUAUAUGGUUUUGCACAGAGGUACUCGCCUGUUGUAUACAGUUUGGUGUUUGUCCUGGCUCUUUUGGGCAACCUGCUGGUGCUGUGUGUCAUCCGACGCUAUCGAAACUCUCAGAGUGGCGGAGCCUGUGCUUUCUCUCUGACGGACACCUUCCUCCUUCACCUGGCCAUUUCUGACCUCCUGCUGGCCUUCACCCUACCCCUGUUUGCAGUGCAGUGGGCUCACCACUGGAUGUUCGGCUUGGCUGUUUGCAAGAUCUCCGGUGCCCUCUUCUCCCUGAACCGCUACAGUGGCAUCCUUUUUCUGGCCUGCAUCAGCUUUGACCGUUACCUGGCCAUAGUUCAUGCUGUCAGCUCUGGCUGGAAGCGCAACACCUGCCAUGCCCAGAUUGCGUGUGCCUUCAUCUGGGUGGGCUGCUUGGGCCUGAGUGGAGUGGACAUUACCUUCAAAGAGGUAGUGGAGGUGAACACAGGGGGCCAUCAGAAGACACUCCUGUGCCAGGUGUGGUUCACUGAGAACACCACCCAGUGGCAGGUGGGGCUGCAGCUGGUCAGUGUGGUGCUAGGUUUUGGGCUCCCCUUGUUGAUUAUGCUCUACUGCUACAUCCGCAUCUUCAGGUCUCUCUGUAACGCCACUCGCCGCCAAAAGCGCAAGUCUCUCCGCCUCAUCGUCUCUUUAGUGUCUGUGUUUGUCAUCUGUUGGGCACCGUAUAACUGCUUCCAGCUGGCAGAUAGUCUGCACAAGCUGGGAGUGGUGACUGGAGGUUGCCAGUUUGGCCGAGUGGUGGACAUUGGGACUCUCGUCACUGAAAGUGUGGGGCUGUCGCACUGCGCUCUGAACCCUCUGCUGUAUGGCUUUGUGGGGGUGAAGUUCAGGAGGGAGCUAGUCAAAAUGUGUAAGGGGCUGCUGGGACGGAGAGGCCUGCUGGGGAUGGAGGAAUGGAGGGAGAGGAGGAUCAGAAGAACCACCGCAUCUUUCAGCUCUGCAGAAAGUGAACACACCUCAUACUCUGUUAUGGUGUGAAACUAAAUCGAGGGAAUGGACAGGAUGGGUGUGUGUGUGUGUGUGUGUGUGUGUGUGUGUGUGUGUGUGCGCGUGUGCGUAUGCGU